GCGAGCAGAGGAACAUGGCACUCACGCAGGACCCCGUCUUCCUUAAGCUGCAGGAAUGGUACACGGCCCACGCCUUGAACCUCAACAUGAGGCACAUGUUCGAUGCCGACAAGGACAGAUUCAGCAAGUUCAGCCUCAACCUGCAGACGGAGGACGGCGACAUCCUCCUGGACUACUCCAAGAACCUCAUCACCGAUGAAGUCAUGAAGAUGCUGGUGGACCUGGCCAAAUCCCGAGGCAUGGAGGCGGCCAGAGACAAGAUGUUCAGCGGAGAGAAGAUCAACUUCACUGAGGGCCGUGCAGUGCUUCACGUAGCUCUGAGGAACCGCUCCAACACUCCCAUCAUGGUGGACGGCAAAGACGUGAUGCCGGAGGUCAAUAAAGUCUUGGACAAGAUGAAGGAUUUCUGUCACAGAGUUCGUAGCGGGCAGUGGAAGGGUUACACAGGAAAAGCCAUCACAGACGUGGUGAACAUCGGAAUAGGAGGAUCCGAUCUUGGCCCCCUGAUGGUGACGGAGGCCCUGAAGCCGUACUCAAAGGACGGGCCCCGAGUGUGCUUCGUGUCCAACAUUGACGGGACGCACAUCGCAAAGACGCUCGCCCAUCUCAACCCUGAGACCACGCUCUUCAUCAUCGCAUCCAAGACAUUCACCACCCAGGAGACCAUCACCAACGCUGAGUCGGCCAAAGAAUGGUUCCUUGAACACGCCAAAGACAAACACGCUGUGGCCAAACACUUUGUGGCUCUGUCCACCAACGGCCCCAAAGUAAAGGACUUCGGCAUCGACACGGAGAACAUGUUUGAGUUCUGGGACUGGGUCGGAGGUCGCUUCUCCUUGUGGUCAGCAAUCGGCAUGGCCAUCGCCCUGCACAUCGGCUUCGAGAACUUCGAGAAGCUUCUUUCAGGCGCUCACUGGAUGGACAACCACUUUCGCACGGCACCUCUGGAUAAAAACGCCCCGAUGCUGCUGGCCCUGCUGGGUAUUUGGUACAUCAACUUCUUCCACACGGAGACCCACGCCAUGCUGCCCUACGACCAGUACAUGCACCGCUUUGCCGCCUACUUCCAGCAGGGGGACAUGGAGUCCAAUGGCAAGUACGUGACCAAACACGGCAGUCGUGUGAACUACCACACGGGGCCCAUCGUGUGGGGGGAGCCGGGCACCAAUGGUCAGCAUGCCUUCUACCAGCUCAUCCAUCAAGGAACGCGCAUGGUGCCGUCCGACUUCCUCAUCCCGGCCCAGUCUCAGCACCCUAUCAGGAACAACCUGCACCACAAGAUCCUCCUGGCUAAUUUCCUAGCCCAGACGGAGGCCCUCAUGAGGGGUAAGACCACCGAGGAGGCCCGCAAGGAGCUGGAGGCCAGUGGCCUGAGUGGAGAAGCUCUGGAGAAGAUUCUGCCUCAUAAAGUGUUCCAAGGAAACCGACCCACCAACUCCAUCAUCUUCAAGAAACUCACACCUUUCACUCUUGGUGCUCUCAUAGCCAUGUACGAGCACAAGAUCUUCAUCCAGGGUCUGAUGUGGGAGAUUAACAGUUUCGACCAGUGGGGUGUGGAACUGGGCAAACAGCUGGCGAAGAAGAUCGAACCCGAGCUGAAGGACGCCGCCGAGGUCCACUCUCACGACGCCUCCACCAACGGACUCAUCAACUUCCUCAAGAAGAACUCUGCCUAAGAUUUAUGUUUAUCACGAU